AUGCUGCGCAACCUGGUGACCUUGGUGGUGUUAUUCUUUGCCAUUAGCUAUUAUGUUACGCAGAGCUGGCUUUGGGGAUACGAAACUCGGUGGACAAACACUCGAUAUGUCAAGUUCAAGCUGCUAGGCGGAUUGCGCAACUUCACAGAAGAGGAGCUCAGUAGGUACAACGGUCACGAUACAAACUUGCCCAUUUUUCUUGCAAUUGACGGAUUGGUUUACGAUGUUACGUCGAAGCCAGAGACAUAUGGAAAGCUUGGCGGCUAUAACAUAUUUGCGGGCAGGGACGCCGCCAGAGCAUUUGGAACUGGCUGUUUUCAGACAGAUCUUACUCACGACCUCAGGAAUCUAGAUCCAGACACGCUCAGGGCGAUUCGAGGCUGGCAGAAAUUUUUUGAAAACCACUCCAAGUACUGGUUUAUUGGCUACGUUAACCACCCUCCUCUCACCGGACCUCCACCUCCUCCCUGUAAGGGCGCGCCCAAACCGGAAUAG